AUGGCCCCGCACCACAUCCACGUCGCCGUUCUAGACGCCGAUAUCCCCUGUCAAUCCGUCUACGCCAAACGAGGCCUCUACAGCUCCCAAUUCAAGAACCUCCUCCAAGCAGCCGCAACAAGGCUCAACAAAAAUGAUACCAGUGGCUCCUCAUCCCCACUAUCCGUGCACGUCACAGCUUUCGACGCAGUGGGCGGAUCCCUCCCACCACUCGAAUGUCUUCGCAGCACAUCGCAAACUGCAGCAGAGCCUCCAGCUUCAACUCCACUAGCGUUCAGUGCUAUUGACGCAAUCCUAAUUACCGGCUCUUCGGCAUCAGCCUAUGACCCGCACCCGUGGAUUAGCUCUCUUGCCAGUUUCAUUCAAAUCGUGCAUAAAGAUUACCCGCUCGUCAAGAUCUUCGGUUCAUGCUUUGGUCACCAGAUUAUUGCUCAGGCUCUUCUCUCUGCACAGCCAGCUGGAGUUGGACUCGGGCUUGUUGGAGGUGAUGCCAAUGCCAAUGCCAAUGCCAAUGCCAGCGCAACCGCAACAACUCAACCUCAACCCUUCCACGUGAAACACUCACCAAAAGGCUUUGAAAUGGGCAUCCAACCCAUAACACUCAAUCCAGAAUUCACAGCGCACUUCCCACCCCUCGCACGCGCAAAUCCAUUCCGCAUCCAACUAAUCCACGGCGACAUCGUUGUGCCCGUCCCUACAUCCACCGAAGACUCGGACUCGGACUCAGGGAAAGAAGCCAAACUCCCAACACCGUGGAUGAAUAUCGGAUACAGCGAUUUCUGCCAAAUUCAAGGCCUGUACCUGCCUGGUCGAAUCUUGACCUACCAGGGACACUUUGAAUUCGAUGCUUGGGGGAAUGCCGAGCUUACGAGGUAUUUUGGGUGGAGGUUUGGGUGGGAGGCGGGUGUUGUCAGGGAUUAUAUUGGGUUUAUUGAGCGGUCGGUUGGUUCUGGGCCGGAUGAUGAUGAUGAUUCUAAGGCUGCGGCUGAGGCGGUGGUUCUUUUGUUUGCUGGGCGGGAUGGGAGUGGUCAAGUUGGAGGUGCUGGUGGUGCGAAAGGUGGGGUUAUGGAGGUUGAUGGGAUGUUGACGCCGCCAUUGGAGGGGAGUGGGUGA